AUGAUUAGUGUGUUUCUCUUGGCGGCACUGACAGAAGGUGCUCCUGUGACUAGUGAGUACUUGCAGACGAGGACACAGCUGAUAGCUACAGACAGUAGUCGAAGAAUUGGCGGAAAACUGCCGUUGAGUGCAGACGAGCAGAUCGUCAAUGAAGUAUUUAUGAAGGAAAAGAGGAGACUCAUAGAUGAGAGUCGUCGCAAUCAAACACCGUAUAUUCCCGCGCAAAGUUUCUACAUCUCCAGGCCGCUGAUUGAGAAUUCGACUUUGCUGAAGCUGAUUCGUCGGAUGCCCAAAGGGGCGGCGCUACAUCUUCAUGACACGUCAGUUACCAGCUUGGACUGGCUGAUCAAGAACGCCACUUAUCGCGAUAAUAUCUACAUGUGUGUGGCUGCCGAUGGGUUGAUCAAUUUCCAGGCAUUCCUGAACCCACCUAACAAUUCAGACUGUGUUUGGAGAUCUGUGAGAGAUGAAAGAGCUCGGGCAGAAGAUAUCGCUGCGUUUGAUCUAAAUUUAAAGAGAAAUUUGUCCUUGCUAGUGUCUGACCCCCUGACUACAUACAUCGACAACGCUGAUGUCUGGAGGAGAUUUGAUCGCUAUUUCUCACAGGUACAGAACUUGAUUUAUUACACUCCGAUCUUCAGAGACUACUUCUGGAGAAUGCUGGAAGAGGUUCGCAAUGAGAACGUCCAGUACGUUGAGAUUAGGAGUGGCUUAGACGGGGUCUUUGACUUAGACGGGACUGUCUACGACGCCGAGUUUGCUGUCCAGAUUUACAAAAACACAUCUGCAGAGUUUGUGCGACAGUAUCCAGAUUUCAGCGGUGCUAGGAUCAUCAUGUCUGGGUUCAAGGAUUCCCCGUUCGAUACCAUUCUCAACGAGAUCAAGACAGCCAUCACAUUGAACCAGAAGUACCCGGAUGUCUUUGUCGGCUAUGAUCUGACAGGAAACGAAGUAUUAAUUAAUCCCCUCGUCUUCUACAUCGACGCCCUUCUCUACCCGGGAAGACAAAACCCACCCGUCAAACUGCCGUACUUCUUCCACGCUGGAGAAACCAAUUGGCAAGGUACAGAAACGGAUAACAAUUUGGUGGAUGCUCUUCUCCUGAACUCUACUAGAAUUGGCCACGCUUUUGCUCUGCCCAAACGACCACAACUGCUUCAGCUGGUUCGGGAGAGAAACAUUCCUUUGGAAGUGAAUCCCCUAUCUAACCAGAUUCUGCGCCUGGUUUCUGAUCUCCGCAACCAUCCGAUGGCGUCACUGAUGGCCGAUGAUUUCCCCAUUGUUAUCGGUUGUGACAACAUGGUAGUUUGGGAAGCCUUGCCACAGUCACAUGACUUCUAUGUUGCCUUCAUGGACAUGUCUGGAAGGGAUGCGGAUUUGACCUUCCUCAAACAACUCGCAGUUAACACUAUCAAGUAUAGCGCCUUGGGAGCGAGUCAGAAAAAAGCAGCAAUGAACCUGUGGCAAACCAAGUGGAACCGCUUUAUAGACGAAGUGGUUCGGGAGCAGAAGGCAGGUCGCAGUUACAAAGGUUAG